GCCUAUUUAUACUACGUAGACGCUUUUGCACUCGCACUUUGGGUACCAAACGUUCCUCACCACACAUCUUCUCUCGGAUAAAAAACUAUCAGAAUGGCUACUAAGAAGUUCGCUGGACCAACGCCUUACACCUUUACUCCUUCCUACCCGGACGUCGAUUACGUUUUCACCGAAUACUUGAAUAACGUGAUGACAAAGGACAACGGCAGGCCUACAGUGGCACCGGUCGUGGGCGCCAUCUUCGGUCUCGGCCGCGCAGGUUCCAUCCACCUCGCCAACAUCAUAAACAACCCGCGCAUCAUCCUCAAGUACAUUGUCGACGAUCGCGUCGAGAGGUUCAAGGACCUCAAGAAGUACUGGAAGUUGAGCGAUGACGUAACUUUCAUCACGUCAAAGGAUAGCGACAAAGUAUACAAAGACAAGAGUGUUAACGUCGUAUUCAUCUGCUCCCCGACGUUCACCCACCACAACAUUGUUGUGAACUCGAUUGCCAAUAACAAAGAUGUCUUCUGCGAGAAACCCAUCGCGGAGUCCAGCGAAGACACCUUUAAGUGCUACGAAGCUGCCAAGAGCAAGGGAAAGACCUUAUUCUCAGCUUUCAACCGUCGUUUCGACCCCGCCUACAGGAGCUUGAAGGAAAGAGUCAGGGAGGGCACCGUCGGACACGUUCAGAUCGUCAAAGUUACAGCCAGAGACUCGCCGCUGCCAUCCGUUGACUACUUGAAGACAUCCGGCGGUGUGUACCACGAUUGCCUCGUGCACGACAUUGACAUGACAUGCUGGGUGCUGGGCGAGCUUCCGAUCCGCGUGCAGUCGUCCGCCACCGCGCUCAUCCCAGAGAUCAAGGCCAUCGACGACUUUGACACCAUCGCCUUCCUCCUUACCUUCCCCUCUGGCGCCAUUGCCAUCGGCGACAACAGCCGUUACAGCGCUUACGGAUACGACCAGAGGCUCGAAGUGUUCGGAAACAAGGGUAUGCUGAAGGUAGAAAACGAGAAGCCUUGCCCAUCGCUGGAGAGCUAUCUCGGCCACGAGGGCGUCAAAACCAACCCUAUCUUCUACUCAUUCCCGUCCCGCUACAAGGCCGCCUACAAAUACGAACUCGAGCACUUCCUAGAUGUUGUCCAAUUCGGUGACAAGCCCGAGGUGACCAGCUGGCAAACGCUAGCAGUGAGCAAGAUCGCAAACGCGGCGGAGCAGAGCGCGCGCACUGGCAAGACCGUCGAAAUCGACUGGAGCAAGGACGACAUCCCCGCCGUCUACUCUUAACUCUAUGACCGAACCAAGCAAACAACGAAUUAAUGCUGAAUCAAUAAAUAUGGAUGAUGUUAAUGUCUAAUUUGUAAUAAAUCGUUUGAUAUAAU